AAGAAUCUUUGGAAACCCCAGAUCUUACCUCUAACCCUUAGAGAGAAAUCUCAAUCAACGACGCGAACAGGAAGAAGAGGCGAAAUGUCUGGGUGCUCCAUGGUCCAUGGACGCUCUUGCCUUGUCUUAUUGCCGUCACAGAGGUAUCUAGCUAGCUAGUAGCUAGCUGAAGCCAUGACUACGACUGAAUCAACAGCAAAGAAAUGCGUCUUUUUUGACAUGAAGCACAGCAACAGCGCAGCCCGAAUUCGGUUGUGGUUGGCACUCAAAGGAAUUGGAAACGAUCGAGUAGAAACCAAAAUGAUAUCAUCUUCGGCACAACUGUCGGAGCCAGACUUUGUCAAAAUCAAUCCAUUGAAAAAGGUCCCUGCCUUUGUCACGGACCAUGGCAUGCCGCUCUUUGAAGCCAGUGUCAUUAUGGGAUACUUGCAAGACAGAUUUGGUUCCGACUUUGGCGAACCACCGCUGUUGCUGGAUACGCCGGAGGAUCGUGCCUUGGUCGAAUUGAUUGUGCGAUGUCACGACCUCUACGUGGCGUCGGCCAAUUGUACCCAACCCAACUUUUCACAUACUCAAGGAGCUCUCUAUUUGGAUCCCACCCCAACGCCCUUUACACCGGCUCAUCGAACCAUGAAUGCACACACCCGAGCCGCCAAGCUGGCAGAACUCUACAAGCAGUUGGAUUGGGUGGAACGAACCUGUACUGUCACGACGAAUGACGAGGAUGACAGCCCUCCAUUUCUUGUGGGAAAUCGACUCACUCAUGCCGACUUAACGUGGUAUCCUACCAUGGUGAUGAUACAAUUCAUGUUACCACGGUCCAUUGGAUGGCCUGAUGACUUUUUGGAAAAGAGGUUUCCCAAGCUAGCGAAAUGGUUUGGUCACUGCAGGUCUCAUCAUCAUCCAAUCUUUGACAAGGUCAGAAACGAUAUUUUGGAAGAAAAUCAAAAGGAAUAUGACCAGGGGUGGUUACAGGGUGUCAAGGAAGAUGUAAAAGCCAAUCCAGAAUACAAGUGGAACUACAUUCUUGAUUGACGAUAGAAGGAAUGCUGGUUCCAAAAAAGUAUUUCGACGGAAGGGCGGCAGCAAUGUGUUUGCCGCUCAGAGGGAAGCACAUUCUACUGUACAGCAAAGCUGAAAACCCAACAAACCGUGACGCGCUCUUGUAUGACUUCCAUUGGUACUCCUCCUUGGUAUGAGGAGCACCUCUAACGUCACACUAGCCACUGGUAGGGUUAUCAUCAGUUUUGUGUUGGGGAUCCGUCAUGCAUCUCGUCUGCUCUCAUCCUGCCGUUGACGCCACGACCAUCCGAGUGACUUGCAG